AGGGGACAGGCUUAAGGAGCUGUACUGGGGGGCGAACGGGGCCAAGCAGGCCACGGCCUGGCCUGGGGAGGCAGCAUGAAGCCAUCGGAGUCCCAGAGGCGUGGGGGCGAACAAAGCUGGUGGGGUAGCGCCCCCCAGUACCAGUACAUGCCCUUCGAACACUGCAGCAGCUACGGACUGCCCUCUGAGAAUGGGGGCCUCCAGCACAGGCUCCGGAGGGAUGCAGGCCCCCAUCCCAACAGCCACUCCACACAGAUUUACGGCCAUCACAAAGAGCAAUUCUCAGACAAGGAGGAGGGCAUGGGGAUGCCCAAGAAGACGGGCUCCAGUGCCAGCACGGACAGCAAGGAUGAGGACCACUAUUCUAAAUGUCAAGAUUGUAUGUGCCGCCUGGGACGCAUGGUAAGAAGAAAAUUAGGGGAAGACUGGAUCUUUCUGGUGCUUCUGGGACUGCUUAUGGCUCUGGUUAGCUGGAGCAUGGAUUAUGUCAGUGCUAAAACCCUUCAGGCCUACAAGUGGAGCUACUACAAGAUGCAGCCCAACCUGCCUCUGCAGUACCUGGUCUGGGUCACCUUCCCACUUACGCUCAUCCUCUUCAGCGCCCUCUUCUGCCACCUUAUCUCUCCCCAGGCCGUUGGGUCUGGGAUCCCUGAAAUGAAGACGAUACUCCGUGGGGUUAUCCUGAAGGAAUAUCUCACCCUCAAGGCCUUCGUGGCCAAGGUUGUGGCCCUGACUGCUGGGCUGGGCAGUGGCAUCCCUGUGGGGAAGGAGGGCCCGUUUGUCCACAUUGCCAGCAUCUGUGCUGCUGUCCUCAGCAAGUUUAUGUCUGUGUUCAGUGGGGUAUAUGAGCAGCCAUACUAUUACACUGACAUGCUGACGGUGGGCUGUGCUGUUGGAGUCGGCUGUUGUUUUGGGACGCCACUUGGAGGAGUGCUCUUCAGCAUCGAGGUCACCUCUACCUACUUUGCCGUGCACAACUACUGGCGGGGGUUCUUUGCGGCCACGUUCAGUGCCUUUGUUUUCCGUGUGCUUGCCGUGUGGAACAAGGAUGCCGACACCAUCACUGCUCUCUUCAGAACCAGUUUCCGAAUGGAUUUCCCCUUUGACCUGAAGGAACUCCCAGCCUUUGCCAUCAUCGGGAUUUGCUGUGGGCUCCUGGGAGCUGUAUUUGUGUAUCUGCAUCGCCAAGUCAUGCUCGGAGUCCGAAACAACAAGGCCCUCAGCCAGUUUCUUGCUAAGCAUCGCCUGUUGUAUCCUGGAAUUGUCACCUUUGUCAUCGCCUCAUUCACCUUUCCACCAGGAAUGGGUCAAUUCAUGGCUGGAGAGUUGAUGCCUCGGGAAGCGAUCAGCACCCUCUUUGACAACAAUACGUGGGUAAAACACGUAGGUGAUCCCGAAAGCCUGGGCCGGUCAGCUGUGUGGAUCCACCCACAGGUCAACGUUGUCAUCAUCAUCUUCCUCUUCUUUAUCAUGAAGUUCUGGAUGUCCAUCGUGUCCACCACUAUGCCCAUACCCUGUGGAGGCUUCAUGCCUGUGUUUGUCCUCGGAGCUGCAUUUGGAAGGCUGGUAGGAGAGAUCAUGGCCAUGAUAUUCCCUGAUGGUAUCUUAUUUGAUGACAUCAUCUACAAGAUCCUACCUGGGGGCUAUGCAGUAAUUGGAGCAGCAGCGCUGACUGGCGCAGUGUCCCACACAGUCUCCACAGCUGUGAUUUGCUUCGAAUUAACGGGUCAGAUUGCUCACAUCCUACCCAUGAUGGUGGCUGUUAUCUUGGCCAACAUGGUGGCUCAGAGUCUGCAACCCUCCCUCUAUGACAGCAUCAUCCAGGUCAAGAAGCUACCCUACUUGCCUGACCUUGGUUGGAACCAGCUCAGCAAAUUUACAAUCUUUGUUGAAGACAUCAUGGUCCGUGAUGUGAAGUUUGUUUCAGCUUCUUGCACGUACAGGGAGUUGCAAACCCUGCUCCAGACGACCACAUUCAAGACUUUACCACUGGUUGAUUCGAAAGAUUCAAUGAUCCUGCUGGGCUCCGUGGAGCGGUCCGAGCUGCAGGCCCUUCUGCAGCGCCACCUGUGUCCUGAGCGGAGGUUGCGGGAAGCGCAGGACUUGGCCAGGAAGCUGUCUGAGCUGCCUUAUGACGGGAAGACUCGGCAGGCUGGAGAGGGGUGCCGCGGCUUCUCUGGGGGCCGGCCGGAGUCCUUCGCCUUUGUGGAUGAGGAUGAAGAGGAGGACCUUCCCUGGAAGCCUGAGAUGCCUCCUCUUCCUCCUCCUCACCCCCUUCCUACUGUCCCACUGCACCCCGAAGAGCCCAAUGGGCCCCUGCCCAACCACAAACAGCAGCCAGAAGCACCGGAGCCUGCAGGUCAAAGACCCUCCAUCUUUCAGUCCCUGCUGUGCUGCUUACUGGGCAAAACCCGCCCCACAAAGAAGAAAACAAGUCAGGACUCAACGGAUUUAGUGGAUAACAUGUCGCCUGAAGAGAUUGAGGCCUGGGAGCAGGAGCAGCUGAGCCAGCCUGUCUGUUUUGACUGCUGCUGUAUUGACCAGUCCCCUUUCCAACUGGUGGAGCAGGCGUCCCUGCACAAGACGCACACGCUGUUCUCGCUCCUGGGCCUCCACCUUGCCUAUGUGACAAGUAUGGGGAAGCUCCGGGGGGUGCUGGCAUUGGAGGAGCUGCAGAAGGCCAUCGAGGGGCACACCAAGUCGGGGGUGCAGCUCCGCCCUCCCCUUGCCAGCUUCCGGAACACAACUUCAACUCGAAAGACUCCUGGGGGCCCGCUCCCUCCCGCAGAGGCCUGGAGCCUGCCUGAGGAUGGAACUGAGGCCACUGGGCCAGAGGACGCGGCCCCUGCCUUGCCCGAGACCGCCGAGCCCUCCCCCUGUGCAGAUCCCCCUCUCUCCCUGGCUCCAGCCAAGGCGGAAGGGGAGCUGGAGGAGCUGGAGCUGGUGGAGAGUCCAGGGCUGGAAGAGGAGCUGGCUGACAUCCUGCAGGGCCCCAGCCUGCGAUCCACAGAUGAGGAGGAGGACGAUGAACUGAUCCUUUGACCACCUCUUGAGACCACCUCCCGAGAGAGAAGAGGAAAAGACGCCCAGGCCAGAGUGCAGUUGUGUGGGAGAGAGUAUGUCCUAACGUUGGAGAGAUCGCACCGAUAUCCUGGCCCUCCUGGGAAUCUUAAAAUGUGACAGUGAGAGUCUUAGAGGAGGCGUUGGAAUCUGGGCAGAGAGUAGCUGCGGUCGAUAAUCUAGGCCUUUUCCCCGCUUUCCAGACAUCCCAGUGAAGAGUCCCUGAUUCCGCAUGGGGCUUCCUGAGCUUUCCUGGUGUGCGAGUGGGGAACUCCCUGCCCCUCUGUGCUUCCCCUCAUUCCCCCACAGCUUUUCCAGUGUUCUUGUCCCAGCAGCCUCCUGGCUUGUCCAUCCGACCUUCAGUCUCCACGGGGUGAAUAAAGGGAGGCCCAGGACAACUGUGGCCCUGCAAGUGCCAUCUUGGAGGAGGAGAUGGGACCACCUUAUGACCUCAUAGACUGGCGGCCUCAGAACACACUCGCCAACCCUCCACAGCCUCGUGUCUCAGAGUCCCCACCACCCUGGUGGGCUCCCCUCUUGCCCACAUCCACUCUCCUAAAUUAGCCUCCAGACUCGUCUGGCUCCCAGUACCUGUCCCCAAGCCAGGGCCAUUACGAGGGCAGUGAAAGGCCAAUCCCAUCUCCCUCUCCUUUGUCCCCCAUUUAAGUAGUCAACUGUGCAUAAAGAGACUAAAGGGAGCAGCCUAGAAGAGCUUCCACACUUGGCAAGUCAGAACCUUAUCCUCCCCAAAUCAGCAACAGGGAGCCUGCCAUUAGCUUGCCUUUGCUGUAAGUGGUCCCAGGGGCUCCCAGCAUCCAGAAACCCUCGCUUCCACACCCAGUGCUUCGCGCCCUCCUUGCUUUGAUGCCUUCUUUAGUUGUGUCCCCUGUCCAGCAUGACAGUCUCCUCCCUCCUUCCCCUCCCAGGGGCCCAGUCUCCUUCAUCCCCCAAAGAAGACACUCAUAGUCAGAGGAUGCCACCACAUUCUGUUUAGUGCCGUUGAACAUAGCCUGGAGCCCCCCCAGCGUUCCAUCCCUGCCCCCUCCCCAGGCCAAGAGAGAGAGGCUGCAACCUGAGGAGGGGGCUGGCAGUGGGCAUUCAAGCCCAUGCCCACGUGUAUAUACUCUAUAAUAUUUAUAUAUAUUUAUAUAUAAUUCUCUCUGUAAUAUAUGUCAUAGAAUCUCUCUUGGGCCUGGGGUGGGGACGUCACAUUAAGAAUACAUGCUAAGACUGGCCAUAAAAAUGGAUUAAUUCCCCAGACCUGGAAGACGAGUAUGGGCUGAUAGGUGGGGGCAGGGAGAAGGUCUUAAACUCAUUCACCAGGAUUCCCUCCUUAACACAAGGAUAAGAAGGAAUGGGGUGGGGUUCCGGGAAGGGGGGCAGUGGAAGGGGAAUAAUGGAAGAUUUGGGUUUUCCUUUAAUAAACUGAAUUGAAAAUAAAAGUGCACCCCCUCCCCCCCACCAUAAGAAAAUCAUGUAGCAUGAGCAGUUUCAUUCACAAUAAUGUAAAGACAGCCCUGUUCCCGGACUGUUGUAAAUCGUGCUGCACAGCCUUUAACCCCAAAGGAAAAGCGACCCUCCCCCACCCCAACAGCCUCUUCCUGCACAUGCUCCCCCUCCCCCCAAAAAGGCUAUAAGCAAACCCCAUGCACCCUGCCCCCAGCACCAGAGGCAGUUCCUUCCUCCCGAAGAGUCCUAAGAGGGUCCCAGGCCAGCUCCCUGGGGCCUCUCCCUCUUCAGAGUGGGAGGGAAGCUCCUUGCAAAUGCAGACCCUCAGCUGACCUCUGGUCUGCACGUAUGCCAGCCGCCAGCGCGCUGGGGAUGUGGAGCCCUGCUGGUGUCUUAACUGCUCGAUUCCUUCACAGUUCAGUCCUCCUUGGGCAGGAACCGAAGGAAGGCUUCCUCGAGGAGGCAAGGAGGAAAGAACGUUGCUUUCGUCUAACCUCCCGUUAACUCCCCAGGGCCCUGAGCAAAAAGGAACUGUGAUGAAUGAGCCCACUCCCUGGAGUGGAUGUCCACUGCGGUCUGGGGGCAGAAUACGGGGCACGAAGGGGAUGAGACUCAGAGGAAAAGAUGGUGCACAGGGAGAGCAAGUUGCUCCAGGCGAGGAAACAGGGACCCCCCUGAGCAUGCAUGCAGAGCCCCAAGACCUGCAGCAGGAGUGCAGGGCAUGGGCGCAAGGCCGCUUGCCAGGGCUCCUAGACAGGAGGUCCUGGGACCUUGCGAGUCAGGUCACAUGAUCACACAAGCCACAGCUUUAAAUGAGGUAAGCGGUUCACCCCCCUGGCUCACCAUGCAUACUUCUGUCUACUCCAACAACUGACCUCCUCCCCUGAGGACAUGGGACCCCAGCCUUGGUUGCAUGUCAGGUGCAGGCGUGUAUGAACGUGUGAACUUCAUGGGGGGGAGGGGGAGUAGGGUCAUAGAUGGACAGAAACACCCCAACUCUCAACCUCCUCAUUCCAAAGAAAUAGGCCUCUGGGGUGGGGGCAGGGAUAGUUUGUGCCCAGGGUCUGAGAGAGGUGACAGUGCUCGCUUUUUGGCAGAGGACACAAGCGGUAGGACCCCCGAUGAAGUUUGGGUAGGGCAGGAG